AUGGUUCGCCCGUUGUUGCUAUCGCAUGAAAAGUACGUUCACUCAAAGCGCACACCAAGGAAGACCCAUACAUAUCAAACCAAAUUGAAGUCGAGUGUAGCUGAUGAAAAGCAGCCUGAAGGAAACUUCCGGAGUUCAGUUGCUGUGAUAUUCGCGGCGCGCGUCACGGCCCUGGAGCGCGCGGGCGCGGCGCGCGCCGCCGCCCUCGACAAGCUGCACCUGUCGGCGCUGCAGCUGCUGGAGGGCGUGGAGGCCCUCGAGGCCAAGGUGGACCGCGCGCUGCCGGACGUGCGGCGCGAGGUGGCGCGCGCCGAGGCCGGCGUGGCGCAGCUGCAGGCCGGCGUGCAAGUGCUCAAGGAGCAGCAGGAGAACCAGCGCGUGACGGUGCGCGCCCUGGCGGGCGGGCAGGCGGCGCUGCAAGAGAAGCUGGAGGGCGCGCGCGCGCUCUUCGCCAACGUCACCGCCGCCGCCAACGCCUCGGCGCCUCCGCCCGCGCACGGCGACGACGCCGGCGACGUGGAGGCGCGCCUCGGCCGCGUCGAGCGACAGCUUCACCACAUGCAGGAAGCAGCAUGGGUGCCGGACGCCUUCGCCAACGCUAGCACCAACGCCAGCGCUGGCGCCAAACCCGAUGGCAACGAGGGCGACGUGCACAACAUGGUACGGCAGUUGGCGCGCGUGCAGGAAGAGUACCAAAACAUCGUCAGCCGCCUACCUGCCGGAGAAUUCUGGCUGGGCAACACGGCGCUGCACCGCCUGACGGCCGACAACUGCUCGACGCUGCGCGUGGACCUACGCGACAUCUACGGCAAGGUGUGGGUGGCGGAGUACUCCGACUUCCACGUGUCGUCGGCGGCCGACGGCUUCCGGCUGCGCGUGUCGGGCUACUCGGGCAACGCGUCGGACGCGCUCGACUACCAGAACCGCAUGCAGUUCAGCGCCAUCGACGCGGACCGCGACGCCAGCAACACGCACUGCGCCGCCAACUACGAGGGCGGCUGGUGGUUCUCGCACUGCCAGCACGCCAACCUCAACGGCCGCUACAACCUGGGGCUGACGUGGUUCGACGCGGCGCGGAACGAGUGGAUCGCCGUCGCCUGGUCGGAGAUGAAGGUGCGGCGCCGGCCCGCGUGCGCCACGUAGCGCCGCACGCGCGCCGCCCCGCCCCCUUCCCCCGCCCCCGCGCGGCCGCCACGGCCGGCUUCGUAGAACGCGGUUCGCGUGGUAGGACUCCUUCGUGUUUUGUACGUGUCACUGCCUAUAUGUAAAUAGCCGAGAGGACUCAGCCAGUAGUCAGUUCGCGAAUGUACAGCCACUGUGUUGGUAGUGGAUGUGCGAGUAGAAGAUGAAGAUGGAGAAGAAGCAGCGCUGCGCGGGAGGCGGCGGGGAGCGCAGAGCGGGCACAAAAAGCCACGCCCCCUCCGGGGUGACCCGGCCACGCCCCUCCCGACGACAGCCUAACGGUGUACGCAAUUACCAUAGGUGUUCAUCGCAGCUCCGAGCGACAGAGUCGAUGUGAGCGCAGGCGGCUUCGCUACGCGCUCAUCAAAUGCCAAAAAGAAUUUCGCACCGGGACCCCCGCUCGCACUUGACACGAGUGCAGACAGGCUCAUUCUACGCGCAACACGACAAAAACGUCUUCCUUUCUCAUUUCACGCCUCUCAAACACCUUGUCGAUGAAAAACAAAAAAAAAUACAAAAAAAUUAUAAUGGUGACACUGUCGAGUGUUUCGUGCAGCUGGGGUUCCGGUCGCUUUAGUUAGUGUAAUAAGUUGCGCUGUUCUCACGAGAAUAUUUUCUAGAUCGAGAAUUUGGCAUAAUACAAACGUUUUUCAAUUAACGUUCCAAAGAAAGGCGAAAAGAAUGUUUAUGCUAUUACUUUGAAAUGUACGGCACUCCACUUCACCACCUCCCAAAAUAAAGGAACCGAGGUCCUUCUUUUUGGGGCAGCUUUCCUGUAAAAGAAUGCUGCCCCAUUCAAUUUGGAAACAGCUCAGCGCCUUAACCGCAGCGGCGGAGGCGGAGCGGGCAACAAAAAAGAGCCGAAAGGCGGCGCAAAGAGCGCCGAAUCGCGUUUGCAACGCCCUGCCGCCUCCGCCUCCGCCCCCGCCGUCGCCGCCGCCGCUGCAGAGAGCGUAAGCGUCGAGCGCGGUACGGCACGCCCUCCUGUCCAUUCUCUUCCCUCCCCCUCCCUUACUUCAUCUCUUUUCAACGCCCUCGUAAUAUCGUGAGAACAGCGCGAGUACAAUCGCCUUGGCCUUGAUCUCAGGGGAACUGCCAAUCAGGCGCGCGGCGGCGCGGGCGACAGAAGCUGCAAGCGGUCCAGACUGGCGUGGACAAUUCGAUUCGAUUUUCACAAAGGUCGAUCUUUUCCUGCGUAUUUUUUUUCUAAAAAAUGCGGAUUUGAAUUAAUUACGCAUUUUAUGAAGUAUUUAAUACAAUCUAGCAUUAUUAAUUGAGCAUUGUAGAACCUAUAUGACUCCUAGUCACGAAAAGCGAUAGAAAGAACGAAAAUAUGCGCUAAAAAAAGAGAAUAUUCACAAAAUACAGUCAACUGAUUUAACUCAAAUAACAACAUUAAAAUGAAAUUAACAUUUUUAUCCACUUAUUUUCGUUGAAAUAAAGUAUUAACUCACAUUAUUUAACCUCCAAGAGGUAAACUGAACUAAAUCGCUAUAUCUAAAAACGAUUUGUUAAGUGAAUCGAUUUUGAUGUCAGACUCGAGUUCCAUUCAAAAGCCGGUAUUUCUCGAUGUUCCAUCGCCAGUCCGGCGUCCGACCCGCACCGCCGCGCAGCCUACAGUUCCUCUUUAAAAGUAAGGUUAUUUACUAACAAGCGUAACAAUCUGCUUCGCACGGGAUGCAACUGGACGCCUCUCCAAAGGCGCCGACUGUCUUCCCUCUCCCUUGACGGAGACUCUACCUCUGCACAAAUUUCCAUUUCGACGCUGCUCGCAAAUCACAAAACGAAAGUCAAAGCACAAAACGUUUCGCAACAGGUCACACUCCAGUUUCAGAAAGUUCCCUUUUAGCGGCGUCGAAACGUACUUUCAUGUUCAUGUUUGAAACGAGGCGUCCAGUUGUAAUAACGUGCUGUUUACUAACACAUUUGCAAAUUAUUGUAGAAAGAGGAAUGGAAUCAAGACUGGUUUUGUAGUUGACACACUGUGUUUUCUACUCUGACCGUAGAGUUGUAUAUGUUGGUCUGUAAGACUUAAACAAAAAAUAUUUAACACUAACUUAUUUAUAGCUACCGCCACACAGGGCAUUAUAUCCAAAGAUUUGUGUUAAACUGAUUAGUCUCCUUAAACCAAAUCGCUAAGUGUGUAUAUAUUUUAAUAUAAUUAGUUAUAUUCUUGAUGUAAAAAUAACUGCCGAAUUAAGAUACAGGACGAAGGAAGAGAAGUUACACUAAAUACCCAUCAGUAAAUCGUUUUGCAGGAGAGUAAGCAUCAAAAUUCAGCACAGACUUUCCAGAUGUAUAUUAAUUUAGUCGCGUUUGAAAUAUUUGGUAUGAUUUGGCGGAUUUGUCGUCAAUGUCAACAUCGCCAAAAAAACAGCUCAGGCUGUGAUGUCUCAAGAUAUGAUAUACUCCUUAUUCUUUCUGAAAUGGUACAUAUAAAUGUUCCCCAAAUCUAAAAAUAUUUAUUUCUAUCUUACCAAAGGCUGUUCUAAUCGUUCUAUUGUUAACAUGUAAUAAAUGUUGUUCGAAUCAAAGCUUCGACUUUUGCUGUUCGCCCCUUAAAAAGUAUUACAAACAUUGUUAACGCUGCAAUAAGAUAUUUUAGUGAAAGUUGAUAGGCGAACAGUUAAAAAAAACAAAAAAAUAAGGCACUAGAUGCCGUCUUUAGAGAGCAAUCUGAUGAACAAAUCCAAAAACGCGGAACCCGAGUGUGCCGUAGUCAUUUUAUAUAGUCAUUAAUGACUUCCUGAUUGAACAAGAGGAAAGUCGAAAACAUAGCUCGUAGGCGUGAACAAAAGAGCUAUAUAUUUAGUCAAGUAAAUAAUAUUAGUUGUAUAUAAUCAGAAUUUCAAAGCAAAUUUGAAUAUCAGUAUGUUUGUGUAUGUUUUGUACUGUAUAAGGUGUACUAUAUUUAAUAGUUCAAUGAAAUAUGAAAAUGUGUUUAGGAGUAUCAAUUGUAUUACAAAAGUGUAUGCAAACAAUAAAAUUUGUGUAUCAUAGACAAUUACAUGCAAUGUAAAUAUGUGUAAAAUAUGAAACCAAAUGGUCAUUAAUAAAUAGCAAUAAAGGAAAAAUCGAAUUUCAUUGCUUCUUUC